AACACAGAUUGGGAAGAGAUAUUGGUUUCAGGAUAAGCAAGGUGGAGGUGGAGCCUUGUUAGCCGGGGCCAGGCGCCCAAAGGACAGGUCAGACCGGUUUCUUCCCACUCGAUACUUUUUCUCUCCUCGGCUUUCGAAUCCGGCGGUAAGAGAGUGCUGGAUAGCGUGUCUUGUGAAGGAAAAGACAAGGAGGUUUCUCAACACACUCUCAACAUUAACCACAUAAAGGAAUUUCAAGAUGGCAGAGGAAGGAGGCCAGUAUUAUGGAAAGAACGGCGAGCCGAGGAAGUAUGACCCCUCUUUUAAGGGCCCGACCCAGAAGAGGAGCUGCACAGACAUCGUGUGCUGCAUCCUCUUCGUUCUUGCCAUUGUGGCCUAUAUUGGAGUAGGAAUACUUGCUUGGACGCAGGGGGACCCCAGGAAAGUGAUCUAUCCCACAGACAGUCAAGGCCAAUUCUGCGGGCAAGCUGGCACCCCACUCGAGAAAAAGAGGCUCUUGUUCUACUUCAACAUCCUGAAGUGCGCCAGCCCAGUGGUGCUGCUGGAAUUACAGUGUCCGACCACGCAGAUGUGUGUGGAGAAAUGCCCUGAGAAGUUCAUGACGUUGACGAACGCCCUCGCCAGCAGACAGGACUUUGACUACUACAAGACCUUCUGCAUGGAAGGCGUGACGAACGCAAUGGGUAUAGCAAACAUCCUCAGUUCUGGGCUGUGUCCUGCCAUGCUGACCCCCAGCAAGCCUUUCACUCGCAGGUGCUUCCCAGCUUUGGGCAAUAGAGGAGGAGUCAUAACUGUGGGAAACGUCUCCAAGUUUGACGAUGGAACAAGAAUGAGGGAUGCCAAAGACCUUUUGGAUGGAGUUACGAAUGCGACUGUGGUCAUUGAAGCCCGUCAGGUGGUCAUGAAGAUCUUCGAGGAUUACACGCAGUCCUGGUACUGGAUCCUAAUAGGUUUAGUUAUCGCGAUGGUCCUCAGUCUGCUCUUCAUCGUCCUCCUGCGCUUCCUGGCUGGGAUCAUGGUCUGGGUCAUGGUUGCCCUGGUGAUAAUUGUCAUAGGAUACGGUAUCUUUCACUGCUACAUGGAGUACGCCCACCUGAAGGGGGAGCCCGGCGCUGAUGUGACUCUACAGGAUCUUGGCUUUCAGACGGACUUCGCGGUCUACCUUCAGAUCAGACAGACCUGGCUGGCCUUCAUGAUCAUCCUCGCCAUUGUGGAGGUCAUAAUCAUCCUCCUGCUCAUCUUCCUCAGAAAAAGGAUUCUAAUUGCCGUAGCACUCAUCAAGGAAGCCAGCAAGGCGAUUGGACAUGUGAUGUGUUCCCUCUUAUACCCACUCUUCACUUUUCUGCUCCUGGCCCUGGUCAUCGCCUACUGGGCAGUGACUGCUGUCUUCCUGUCUACCUCCAGCGAGCCCAUCUACAAGGUGAUCAACGAGACCGCGUGCCAGCACUCAAGGAAAACAUGCGACCCGGCCAACUACUCGACCUCCACCAUGAAACAAGAGUGCCCUGACUCGGAGUGUCAUUUUGCCUUUUACGGCGGAGAGACCCCUUACCACAAAUACUUGAUCGGCCUGCAGUUCUACAACGUCUUCCUCUUCUUUUGGUGCGCUAACUUCGUCACCGCGCUGGGUCAGAUGACCUUAGCCGGGGCUUUUGCUUCCUACUACUGGGCUUUUGACAAGAAAAAAGACAUGCCUUCCUUCCCAGUCUUUUCGUCCCUCGGUAGAUCUCUCAGGUAUCACACAGGAACUCUGGCAUUUGGCUCGCUGAUCCUUUCAAUAUGCCAGAUCAUCAGGGUUCUGCUGGAGUAUCUGGACCAUAAACUGAAAGGUGCCCACAACAAGUGUACCAGGUUCCUCCUGUGCUGUCUGAAGUGCUGCUUUUGGUGCCUGGAGAAAUGCAUCAAGUUCCUCAACAGAAAUGCCUACAUCAUGGUGGCAAUAUAUGGCAAAAACUUCUGCACUUCUGCCCGGGAUGCCUUCUUCCUUCUCAUGAGGAAUUUGAUCAGGGUGGCGGUGUUGGACAAAGUGACAGAUUUUCUCCUGUUUUUGGGCAAACUGCUCAUUGUCGGACUCGUGGGAGUCUUUGCUUUCUUCUUCUUCUCGGGGAGAGUAAAGGUCUUUGCGGACACUGCGCCCAAUCUCCACUAUUACUGGGUGCCCAUACUGACGGUGGUGGUAGGCUCCUACCUCAUAGCCCAUGGAUUCUUCAGUGUGUACGCCAUGUGUGUGGACACGCUCUUCCUCUGCUUCUGUGAAGACCUGGAGCGCAACGACGGUUCAGCCGCGAGGCCUUAUUACAUGUGUCCAUCUCUCCGCCGGCUUCUGCUGCAGAGUGGGAGUCGAAGGGCUUCCGCGCAGGACGGAGACGACAUGAGUCAGUCGCAGCAAGGCGUUAGGGAGGAGGAAGUGAUCUUAAAUGUCCACAGUCCCGCCGCCAAGAGGCGAUCUCUUGAAAAAAGACGUUCUCUUGAAAAAAGACGAUCAGGUUAUUCUCCAAAAUAGAGAAGGGUCGGUCUCUUUUAGGGGUGAUGUUGCAGCUCUCUUCUAUUCAAGUUUUAUUCUACUGUGAUCUAUUCCAUGAAGGUCUUCCACCGGAGAUAAGACGCUAAAGUCCCCUCGAAUGCGUCGUCUCCCGUUUUUGAUUGUAUCGUGUCGGGAAAGAUGUUCUAUGUUGGAAGUGUGACGGGAGUCCUUUAAAGUCACAGAUGUGCCUCAUGCCCUGAUGAUGAUGAUGAUGAUGAUGGUCGGCAUUAUUGGUGCGUCCUAAUCACGGUUUAACACGUACCUCGGUUGUAAGAUGACUGUUUUUGUAGCAGUAGGGGAACAAAAUGUACAUAAAUAGCGUUUGUGUUUUUUACUUUUAAAAUGAAACUUCCAAUAAAUGACGUUAUUAACCCACUGGGGAUAUUUGAUUGUAUAAUCUUCAAAGGGCGUUAAAUAUUUAGGAUUUAUGUACUAAAUAUACUGUAUUUUUCUGACUAUAACCGGACCCACACCAACUAAAUUUUUAAAGGGAUAUUUUUUUUUCUUCCAUUUAUUAGCCCCACCAGUAUAUUAGCCACACCAGACUACAAGCCGCACCAGUAUAUAAGCCGGAUGCCAAACAUUUUUGAAAAAUUUUUUUUUUUCAUAUUGUAGUCGCACCGAACUAUAAACUGCACCAGUGUGUAAGCCGCACCCAAAACAUUUUAGAAUAUUUUUUUUCUUCCGUAUAUUAGCUGCAUCAAACUGCAAGCCGCACUAGAUGCUGGAUGCACAAAAUUUUAAAAGAAAAAACACACAAAAAAAAAAAAAAAUGUAAUAUACACCCACUAAAUUUUGUGACAAAAUAUUUGUGAUAUAAACUGCACCCACAAGAUUUUAGAAGGAAGAUUUUUUUUUCUUUCAUAUAUUUAGCCACCACAAAUUUAGUUUAAUUUUAGAAGAAAAAAAUAUACUACAAGUCGCAUUAUCAUAUUAGCCACACCCAAAAAAUUAGGGGAAAAAAAAGUUCAUUUAUUAGCCCCACCAGUGUACAAGCUGGAUGCGCAAAAUUUUUGAAUUUUUAUUCCUAUAUUAGUUGGACAAGACUAUAAACUGCACCGGUAUAUAAUCCACACUCCCAAGUUUUUAGAAGGAAAAAAAAACUUUUUUUUCUCCAUAUAUUAGCCGCACCAGUAUAUAAGCCGGAAGCCCAAAUUUUUAGAAUAAACUUUUUAUUUUCAUAUCGUAGCCACACCGGACUAUAAACUGCACCAGUAUAUAAAGCCACAACAUUUUAGAAGAAAAACAAAAUAUUUUUUUCAUAUAUUAGCCGCACCAAACUACAAGUUGCACCAGAGGUUGGACACACAACAUUUUAGAAAAAAGAAAUCAACCAAAAAUAAAAAAGACAUAUAUAUAUCCAUCCAUCCAUCCAUUUUCUACCGCUUAUUCCCUUUCGGGGUCGCGGGGGGUGCUGGCGCCUAUCUCAGCUACAAUCGGGCGGAAGGCGGGGUACACCCUGGACAAGUCGCCACCUCAUCACAGGGCCAACACAGAUAGACAGACAACAUUCACACACUAGGGCCAAUUUAGUGUUGCCCAAAAAAAAAAAAGUAAUAUACUCUCAGUAUAUAAGCCGCACCCACUAAAUUUUGGAAGAAAAAACUUUUUAUAUUAUAGCCACACCGGACUAUAAGCCGCUCCCACAAGAUUUUAGAAGGAAUAUAUAUUUUUUUUCAUAUAUUUAGCCGCACCACAAAUUUAGUUGAAUUUUAGAAGAAAAAAAUAUACUUUUCAUACACUAUAAGUCGCAUCAUCAUAUUAGCCGCACCCACUAAAUUUGGAAGAAAAAAAGUUAAUUUAUUAGCCCCACUAGCGUACAAGCCGGAUGGGCAACAUUUUUGAAUUUUUAUUCCCAUAUAUUAGUUGCACAAGACUAUAAACUGCACCGGUAUAUAAUCCACACUCGCAAGUUUUUAAAAGGAAAAAAAACCUUGUUUUUGUUCAUAUUUUAGCCGCACCAGUAUAUAAGCCGGAAGCCCAAAUUUUUAGAAUAAAGUUUUUUUUUCCCUAUCGUAGCCGCACCGGACUAUAAACUGCACCAGUAUAUAAAGCCACAAAAUUUUAGAAGAAAAACAAAAUAUUUUUGUCAUAUAUUAGCCGCACCAAACUACAAGUCGCACCAGAGGUCGGACACACAAAAUUUUCGAAAAAAAGAAAUCAACCAAAAAUAAAAAAAAGACAAAUAUGUAUAUAUAUAUAUAUAUAUAUAUAUAUAUACUCUUUCACAAAAUUUGAAGACAUUUUUUCCCCAUGUAUUAGUCACACAGGACUAUAAGCUGCCUGUAUAUAAACCACACUCGCACAUUUUUGGGGAUUUUUUUUUUAUAUAUCAGUAUGUUAGCUGUACCCACCAAAUUUUAGAUUUCCUUUUUUUAAAUUUUUUUUUUUUAAAUCAUAUGUACCGGACUAUAAACCGCACCAGUGUAUAAGCCGCACCCAAAACAUUUUAGAAUAGUUUUUUUUUGUUCCAUAUAUUAGCUGCAUCAAACUGCAAGCCGCACCAGAUGCCGGACGCACAAAAUUUUAAAAAACAAAAAAAAUGUAAUAUACUCUCAGUAUAUAAGCCGCACCCACUAAAUUUUGGAAGAAAAUACUUUUUAUAUUAUAGCCACACCGGACUAUAAGCUGCACCAGUGUAUAAGCCGGACGGCCAAAAUUUUACAAAAAAAAUUUUUUUUUUUCCAUAUUGUAGCUGCACCGGACUUUAAACUGCACCAGUAUAUAAGCUGCACCCACACAAUUUUAGAAGAAAAACUAAAUAUUUUUUUCAUAUAGUAGCCGCACCAAACUACAAGCCGCACCAGAAGCCGGACGCACAAAAUCUUAGAAGAAAACUAAAAAUGUUUUUUCAUUUACCAAGUCGCAUCAGUAUACUAGCCCCACCCACUAAAUUUGGAAUAAACAGAAAAAAAUCAUGUUAUUUGCCGCACCAGCAUAUAAACCGGAUGCACAAAAUUUUAAAAUUUUUAUUCUUGUAUAUUAGUCGCACAGGACUAUAAACAUUCGCAAGUUUUUUAGACGGAAAAAAAAAGUUUUCAUAUAUUAGCCACCAGUAUAUAAGCCAGACACCCAACAUUUUAGAAAAAAAAGUUUUCACAUAUUAGCCGCACCGGACUAUUACGCUGCAUCAGUAUGUAAGCCGCACCCAAAAAAUGUUUGAAGAAAUUUUUUUACUCCUGUAUAUUAGUAUAUGACAUUUUAGAAUUUUUUUUCAUAUUUUAGCCAAGCAGGACUAUCCGCCGCACCCACUAAAUUUGAGAAAAAACAUUUUUUUUCAUAGAAGAAUUAUAUUAGCCACACCAAACUAUAAGCCGCACCAGUAUGUAAGCCACACGCCCAAAAUUUUUGAAAAAAAAAGUUUUCACAUAUAAACCGCACUGGACUAUUAAUCUGCAUCAGUAUAUAAGCCACACUCACUAAAUUUUUUGAAUAAUUUUUUUCCCCAUAUAUUAGCUGCACCAUAAGACAUUUUAGAAGACUUUUUUUUUUUCCAUAUUUUAGCUGCACAGGACUAUCCGCCACACUUGUACUGUAUAUAAGCCGCACCCACUAAAUUUUAGUUGUUUUUUGUUUUUCAUAGAAGAACAAAAUCUUAAAAGAAAACAAAAUAUUUGUUUACAUUGCAUCAGUAUAUUAGCCCCACACACUAAAUAAAAAAAAAAAAAAAAAAAAUGUAUUUGUUGCACCUACAAGCCACACCACACAAUUUUCACAUUUCCCCCCCCCCAUAUAUUAGUCGCACAGGACUAUAAACUGCACCAGUAUAUAAUUCACACUUGCAAAUUUUUAGUAGGAAAAAAAUGUGUUCAUUUAUUAGCCACACCCACCAAAUUUUUUAAAUAAAA